CCGCCCCUCCAAAAGCAGGAAGAGCGAGGCCACAAAAAGCCCAGCACCUGCCCCAGAGCCAGGGGAAGGAGCCCUGGGGCAGGACAGCCCUGCCACAGCCCACCCUGCCCUGCUUUUGGGUUGUCUGCUCCAGACAUGACCCUCAAAUCUGGGCCCCUCAGGGCUCAGGCUCUGCUGUUGCUGCUGUGCCUGGAGCUCUGGGCACAGCAAAGCCUGGCACUGCAGUGCCAGCCUGGGGAGAGGAAAAUCACCAGCAAAGAUGCAGAGAAAUGUUGCCCCAAAUGCAUCCUGAUGGAAGGAGGCAACAGCCUGUGCCAGGGCAUCGAGGACCGGGACUGCAAAUGCCCCCAGGGCCACAGCUGUGGGGAUAACAACUGUCUGUACUGCAGGAAGCUGCCAGAGUGUGCUGAGGGACAGGAGCUCACCAGGAUUGGAGACACAGAUUUCACAUUCAAAUGUAAACCCUGUGAGACGGGAACUUAUUCCAGUGUGAAGAAUGGCUGGUGUAGGAACUGGACUGACUGUGAGAGCUCGGGGUUUGUGACACUCAGCCGAGGCAACAGCACCCACAACUCCAAGUGUGGCCUCCUUCCUUCUCCCAAAGAUGUGGAGCAAGCUCUCCUGCCCUCCAGCUCCCUGUCCACCACCAUCCUGGCCAUCCUGACGGCCGUGGCCGUGUUCGUGCUCAUCCUGCUCACCUUCCUCCUGCACUUCUGCAUCUGGACCCUGAAGGACAAAUAUUUCGCAGUUGAGGACGUGGAACAUCACUUCCCUAGGCCGCCGGCGGCUCCGCAGCUCCCGGAGACCUCCAGCAUCCAGUUCCCCGAGGAAGAGCACGGAGGAAAAACGGCCGAGGAAAAGUUUUCCGUGUUGUCCCUCAAAGUCUCCAACGAGCUCUCCAACAGAUAAACUGCUGUGGGGCGCCGUGGGAACGGGGAGCUGAGCUUUCCCAAAGGAACAGGAGGAAGGGGAUGGGCUGUGAAGCAUCGGGAGACCCGCGGCGAGGAGGAGGAGGAAGAGGAAGAGGAGGACGAGCGGCUUUUUGGGGCAUUUUGGGGCUUUGCUCUCGACAAACGUGGCUUUGGGAAAUGAAAAUCCUGCUGAUUCAGGCUGGCACUCAUUCCUGAGGGCGCUCUCACAGCUUUUCCCUUUUCCAGAGUGAUGCCCACAUGAAGGGAACAGGGCACAGGGAGAAGGAAUAUUCUUAUUCCCUUAUUUUUCCCUGAGCUCACCGUGCUUUUCCCUCCUGCCCAACCUCCAUCCCGGUGUUCCUCUGCCCCCGUUCCAUCCUCUGCCAUCCCAGCAGAAGGUGCUGCUCAGGCCCAGUUCUCAGGGCACAGAGCUUCCCUCGGGAAGCCACGGAAUUUGCAGGGAAACCAGGGAUUAAAAAAAAAAAAAAAGAAAAAAAAGGGAGUAAUUCUUGUCAUUCUUGUUGUCCCGUCCCUCGGCAAUCCCCGGAAUUGAAAUUUGGAAUAUUGGCUCACAAAAGGGACACUUCCCAACCCCUCAAACGAGGAUCAACCUGCCCAGAGGAAGACAUUGGCUUGAAUGAGUUUACAGAGCAGGAAAAGACAGUGAAAAACAGGGAAAAGCCCAACAUUGAUGGGUUUUUUUCCCCUCUGCCCCUGAAGAAAAAGA